GCCAUGAGGCUGCGGGGACGCGGCCCCGCGGCCGCCCCCGCCGCCAGCGCGGGCCCCGGCGACGCGCGGCGCCUGGCGCCCCCGGGGCGGAACCCCUUCGUGCACGAGCUGCGCCUCGGCGCGCGGCGCAAGGCCCAGCUGCUCCUGAUGUCGCUGACCCUCUUCCCCCUGCGCCUGCUGCUGGCCGUCCUCAUGAUGCUGCUGGCCUGGCCCCUGGCCCUGCUCGCCUCGCUGGGACCCGAGGACCAGGAGCCCCCCACAGACCCCGCCCUGUGGCGGAAGGUGGUGGACGUCCUGCUGAAGGCCAUCAUGCGCACCAUGUGGUUCGCCGGCGGCUUCCACCACGUGUCUGUGAAGGGGCGCCGGGCGCUGCCCACCGAGGCCACCAUCCUCACGCUGGCCCCGCACUCCUCCUACUUUGACGCCAUCCCCGUCACCAUGACCAUGUCGUCCAUCGUCAUGAAGGCAGAGAGCAGGGACAUCCCCAUCUGGGGCACCCUGAUCAAGUACAUCCGGCCCGUGUUCGUGUCGCGCUCGGACCAGGACUCCCGGAGGAAGACGGUGGAGGAGAUCAAGAGGCGAGCCCAGUCCAACGGGCGGUGGCCGCAGAUAAUGAUCUUUCCAGAAGGGACUUGCACCAACAGAACGUGCUUGAUCACCUUCAAGCCCGGUGCCUUCAUCCCGGGGGUCCCCGUCCAGCCCGUCGUGCUGCGCUACCCCAACAAGCUGGACACCAUCACGUGGACGUGGCAGGGACCUGGCGCGCUGGAGAUUCUGUGGCUCACGCUCUGCCAGCUGCACAGCCGCGUGGAGAUCGAGUUCCUGCCCGUGUACCACCCCUCGGAGGAGGAGAGGAGCGACCCGGCGCUGUACGCCAGCAACGUGCGGCGCCUCAUGGCAGAGGCCCUGGGCGUCCCUGUCACUGACUACACCUUCGAGGACUGCCAGCUGGCCCUGGCCGAGGGACAGCUCCGCCUCCCUGUGGACACCUGCCUUCUGGAAUUCGCCAGGCUGGUGAGGGGCCUGGGGCUGCGGCCCGAGAAGCUGGAGAAGGAGCUGGACCGCUACUCGGAGCGCGCCCGGCAGCGGGGCGCCGUGAAGAUGGGGCUCCCCGAGUUCGCGGCCUGCCUGGGGGUGCCCGAGUCCCCAGCCCUGAGCGACUUGCUGAGCCUGUUUGACGAGGGCGGGGACGGCAAGAUCGACCUGCGUGAGUACGUGGUGGCCUUGUCAGUCGUGUGCCGGCCAUCCCGGACCCUGGACACCGUCCAGCUGGCGUUCAAGAUGUACGGCCGCCCUGAGGAUGGCAGCAUUGACAAGGACACCCUGGCCUGCAUCCUGCAGACGGCCCUGGGGGUGUCCGAGCUGCGCGUGACCAGCCUCUUCCGGGCCAUCGACCACGAGGGCAGGGGCCGGGUCACGUUUGCCGACUUCAGCAGGUUUGCGGGCGUGUGCCCCAACUUCGCCGAGGAGUACCUGCACGCAGAGCGCCGCGUGCCGGGCGCCCCGGCCCUCACCCCCAACGGCUUCUGUGCCGACUUCAGUCCCGACAGCGCAGAUUUGGCAGGGCAGGAGCCUUCUGACAAGAAGCUGGACUAGAUGGGAACCUUCUGGAACCUGCUCCACCAGCCGCCCUGCCUGGGGCGGGGGCCGGCGGGGGCCCCAGAGCCCGGGUCCUGCAGUGCCCGCCUGCCCGCCCGCCCCCUCUGCCGGUGGCGCUGGGUGUCACGUUUCUACAUUUGUGGGGGCUGACGAGUAUUUUAUAAAUCUCAUUUAGAUACUGGGAGAAACAUUCAGCCUUUUUUUAAAAAAAAGAAAAAAAGAGAAGAUUCUUUUCUGACUUUUUCUGGGCUCAGAACUUCUCUGCCUCAGGCCCUUCCUGGCUCGGGAGCCGGUGGGCAGGCGGACGGUGGCGCGCAGCCGCCCCGUGACCCCGCGCGUGGCAGUGCAGGGGUGCUGUGGGGGCUGUGGGUGUCUGACUCCGAGGUGAGGCUUGUAGAUUGGAAGCCCCCCAAGCCUGGGGCGGGGGCCUGAGGGGGACCCCAAGUCCGGCAGCCCCAGCCUUGGCCGCUGCCGGCCCCAGAGACCCAGACGCAGUCUCGGUGCUCACACCUGGUUUUAGGACGACAAAGCACAGAUCCCGUUUUUUUACAGAGCCAACUCCUGGCGACCCCCAGGGAGGUGACUGGGGCACUUGUGGGGGUCCCGAGGCUGAGCAUGACGGGUGUCUGGUGACCCUGAUGUCAGCCUGUGAAAGGACCCUGCGGCACGGCGGCGUGGGCGGGAUGGACAGUCCAGGGCCCGGGUCGUCUACGAGAGAAUAAAGUGGAGCUUCUACAACCCAA